GAGCUCCAUACCAUCAUCCAUCCUUCACACAACUAGAGCACAAGCAUCAAAUCCAAGUAGGUAGUAGUUAACGCAAAUCCACCAUGAAGACCUUACUCAUCCUGACAAUCCUUGCGAUGGCAAUAACCAUCGCCACCGCCAAUAUGCAGGUCGACCCUAGCGGCCAAGUACAAUGGCCGCAGCAACAACCAUUCCUGCAGCCUUACCAACCAUUCUCCCAGCAACCACAACAAAUAUUUCCCCAACCCCAACAAACAUUCCCCCAUCAACCACAACAACAAUUUCCCCAGCCUCAGCAACCACAACAACAAUUUCUCCAGCCCCGACAACCAUUCCCCCAACAACCACAACAACCAUAUCCCCAGCAACCACAACAACCGUUCCCCCAGACUCAACAACCCCAACAACCAUUUCCCCAGUCCAAGCAACCACAACAACCUUUUCCCCAGCCCCAACAACCGCAACAAUCAUUCCCCCAACAACAACCAUCGUUGAUUCAACAAUCUCUACAACAACAGUUGAACCCAUGCAAGAAUUUCCUCUUGCAGCAAUGCAAACCUGUGUCCUUGGUGUCAUCCCUCUGGUCAAUCAUCUUGCCACCAAGCGAUUGCCAGGUGAUGCGGCAACAAUGUUGUCAACAACUAGCACAAAUUCCUCAGCAACUCCAGUGUGCAGCCAUCCAUAGCGUCGUGCAUUCCAUCAUCAUGCAGCAAGAACAACAAGAACAACUACAGGGUGUGCAAAUCCUGGUGCCACUGUCUCAACAGCAACAGGUGGGUCAAGGUAUUCUCGUCCAGGGUCAAGGCAUCAUCCAACCUCAACAACCAGCUCAAUUGGAGGUGAUCAGGUCAUUGGUGUUGCAAACUCUUCCAACCAUGUGCAACGUGUAUGUCCCACCUUACUGCUCCACCAUCAGGGCACCAUUUGCUAGCAUAGUCGCCAGCAUUGGUGGCCAAUGAAAAAAAGCAAGAGCUAUUCUAAAAGUUAGAUGGCCAUCGUUGCUUAGCUUAUGCACCAAUCGAUGUAAGGAUGACAAAUAAAGUGGCGUGCACCAUCAUGUGUGAUCCUGACCAAGUGCUAGUUCAAGAUUGGAAAUAAAAGACAAACUCAGUCCUUGUUUGCCAGCA